AGAACCUGGAGUCACAGCACUGAGCCCCAGGAAUCCGAGAUUCCAGCCCCUCCUUCCUCGAGAUUUCACGUUCAGCCCCUCCACACCUCCUCACUCACACCCAGGGUUCCAGUUCCCAGGUGCUCCGGGCCCUGGUGCAGGAGGAGGAGCGGGAGGCGGGGAUUCCCAGUUAAAAGGCUCCAGAAUCGUGUACUGGGCAGAGAGAACCGAAGUACUGGGGCCUCUUCCAUUGGGUCCGAAUCAGUAGGUGACCCCGCCCCCUGGAUUCCCGCAGGUGAGGUGCAGAGCUACUGGGACACAGGCCUCAGGCCCGGGGACCCCUCCUUCUCUAAGUUCCAGGCCCCGGCCUCGAACCCUCUCCUCCCUAAAGAUGCAGCAACCCAGAACCCAGCUUCCUCCUGCCCAAGACUUAGGAGUCCCAGCUCCUAGCUCCCUGUCCCCUCAGACCCAAAGUCCAGGACCCUAACUCCCUCCUCCCUUGGAAGGUAGCACUCCAGUCCCCCAGCCCCCCUUAGGUUCAGGGAUCUGGGGUCCCUGUCCCCUUCUUCCUCAGACUCAAGAAUUUGGGCCCCCAGCUCCUUGCUCCUGCAGAACCCAGAACAGCUCCGGGUGCUCUCUGUUCCCUCCCCAGUCCGCGAAUCUGGACCUGGGACUUCAAGCUCCUCUUUCCUGUCUCUCAGCCCCAUCCUCUCCCUCUCACCAUGGGACGCCCCCCACCUGGUGCAGUGAUGACUUGGCUGUUUUUGUUCUUGCUGUGGGAAGCCUGGACAGGACGCGCCAGGGCACAGAUGAGCAAGGUGCUGGGGGGUCAGGAGUGCAAGCCCCAUUCGCAGCCUUGGCAGACGGCCCUGUUCCAAGGGGAGCAACUGCUCUGCGGAGGUGUCCUUGUAGGUGCCAACUGGGUCCUCACAGCUGCCCAUUGUAAAAAACCGAAGUAUACAGUACGCCUGGGAGACCACAGCCUGCAGAGUAAGGACGGGCCGGAGCAAGAAAUGUCUGUGCUUCGGUCGUUCCCACACCCCUGCUACGACAGCAGCAGCAAGGACAACAGCCAUGAUCUGAUGCUGCUUCGACUACGUGGCCGGGCAUCCCUGGGGCCCAAAGUGAAGCCCAUCAACCUGACAGAUCACUGCCCCCAAGCUGGCCAGAAGUGCACCAUCUCAGGCUGGGGCACUGUCACCAGUCCCCGAGAGAACUUUCCUGACACCCUCAACUGUGCAGACGUAAAUAUCAUUAACAAGAAGAAGUGUGAGGACGCCUACCCAGGGCAGGUCACAGACAGCAUGGUCUGUGCUGGCAACAACAAUGGGGCUGACACGUGCCAGGGUGAUUCUGGGGGCCCUCUGGUGUGUGAUGGCGUACUCCAGGGCAUCACAUCCUGGGGCUCAGACCCCUGUGGGUUGCCCCAUAAACCUGGUGUCUAUUCAAACAUCUGCCGCUACCUGGACUGGAUCAAGAAGACAAUGGGCACCAAGGUCUGAUCCUAAGAUGAGCCCUGGAUCCACCUGAAUAAACUCAUAACUCU